AACAAAGCUGGAGAACAAGGGACGUUGGGGGGAAACAGGGGAAUAAAGGUCCACGGAGGAGGAGAGUGACACGCAGGACGCCCCCCGCAUCAUUUCACCUGGACACUCGGAGAAAGGAUUGGAGGAUUGAGGGAGGCAGAGAGGAGCCAAGGUGACAGUAAACAGGGCGAACGCACACAGGACAGGAUUUGCUUUUAUUUCUUCUUCAUGGUGGUUCGGACACUCGUAGUAUGUAUGAGAAGUUAACCAUGCUGAACCUGCAGAGCGGCUCGAACUGGAGUGGGCCCAACAACUGGUACCAUGACCCCACCGGCGUUCAGACGCAACACAGCACAGUGUCUGAGGGCUGUCUGCUGGACACGGAGGGCAGCCUGGGUGAGGCCGGGGGAGGAGGAGCGGGCCGAGGGGGAGGAGUGCCCGUGGAGCGGGACGACGGCGAGGAGUCUCAGCUGAGGCUGCAGCUCAAGAGGAAGCUGCAGAGGAACAGGACCAGCUUCACACAGGAGCAGAUCGAGGCUUUGGAGAAAGAGUUUGAAAGGACACAUUAUCCAGAUGUGUUUGCGAGGGAGAGAUUGGCGAACAAGAUUGAUUUACCCGAGGCCAGGAUACAGGUGUGGUUUUCAAACCGAAGAGCCAAGUGGAGGAGGGAGGAGAAGCUGCGCAACCAAAGGAGGUCAGGCGGCGUGACUUCGUGUUCGCAGAGCCAAGCCCCUCUGAGCACUUCGUUCAACACGUCCGUGUAUCACCAGCAGCACGGCAGCAGUUCAGGGUCCAUGUUGAGUCAGGCUGAGUCGUCCCUGCCCAGCUACAGCUCGCUGUCAGUUUUCUCAUCUGGAGUCCAGUCGAUUCCUCCUCAGUCGGCCUCCUCCUACUCCUGCAUGUUACCUCCAUCUCCCUCUGCACCGCGCAGCUUUGACUCCUCGGCGUACUCCUCCCCUCACCUGCAGACUCCGCCUUCCGCCAACUCCAACACAGGCCUCAUAUCUCCUGGAGUGUCAGUGCCAGUCCAGGUCCCAGGAACCGAGCCGCAGAGCAUGAGUCAGAACCUGGGUCAAUACUGGGCCAGAUUACAGUGAGCAACAGACAAUCGCUGCGUAGCAGAAGAAGAAGGGGAAAAAAAGGGCAUGUAAAAAAAAAAAGUGGCAAGAAAACAGGUUUUAAGGAAGCACAGGGCUGAGCUACAGAGGGGCCUCGAUGGGUUGCAGAGCCCGAAAUGCAUUAAAUGUUUACAAAUCCAGCCAAGAGCAGCUUUGGUUGCACUUAACAGUACUCUGGUCAUACUGGUGUUGUCUUAGUAUUAUCAGGUCGCACUUUUGUUUUAUUUUUUCUUUGGAUAGUGUGUUAAUUAUUAUAGGGCUGUAGUCAGGAUUAGGAAUAGGAUCCGUCUGAGGUGUGUUUAGGAUUAAAAUGGGAUUAGAAUCAGGCUGAAGUCAGGGUUUGAUAUUUGUGGAGAUGCAGCAAGCUGAACUUUUUCAUCACGUAUAGUUGAGAAUUAGCAUUGGACCCUUUGCAAUUUAUUGUGCCACGUAUUUUGGCUAUUAAUUUUAUAAGCUUAGUGGUUUAAAAAAAAACAAAAAAAACACAGGAACUGACUGGGUACAUGUCUGACUAAAUGUCAGAACUCUAGUGGAGUUUCAAUUCUUUUUUUAAGUCCAAAUUUUACACACAUUUUAGCUUUUAUUUUUGUAAGUUUAAGUUUGAAAUCCACCUAAAAACAGGAUGAAAGACUGGAUACAUGUCUGAGUAAACACCAGACUCGAGCAAGUGAAAUUUUGAAUUCAAUUAUUUUUUUGUUUUGUUUUUUGUGCAAAUUUUACACACAUGUUGGCUUUUAUUUUUAGAAGUUUAAAUUACAAUAUCAAAAUAGUGGGAGAAAAAAACUGGAUACAAAUCUGUCUAAACACCAAAACUCUAGUAAGUUAGUUUCACUUUGUUUUUAGUAUAAAUUUUACACACAUUUUGGCUUUUAUUUUUAUAAAUUUUAUGAUUGAAAAGCCAAGAAACCCCGUCGAAAAUAGAACAUAAGACAGAAUGCGAGUCUAAAUAUCAAAACUUUUGAGGUUCAAUUCUUUCUUUUUUUUAAAAUAUACUUUUUGUCAAAGAUGUGAUAAAAGACUGCUGAUUACCUUCAAUUUCUCCCAAGUUAUUGUAGGACAUAAAUUGUAAACAGCAGCUUUUCAAAUAUCAAACAUGAAAAUGAGAUUUUGACUCCUAUAUUCAGUCUAAACGACAGACUUAAAAUCAUAAUUCUGUCGCACAAAAAUGCCUCAAUAAGUGAUUCUGUAGUACUGAGUAAGUGCCAGCAGAUGCCAGGUGUAUUGUGAAGUGUAACCACAGUUUCUUGUUACUUGAGCAGCUCAAUGAUAUUGUGAUAGUUAGCCUGUUCCCUGAGCAAAAGCUGUGUGAGGCUACUGUGAAGAUUUUAGACUUGCUUAUGGCAAUCACUUGUACUAAAACUAAAAAAAAGAACAAAAAACAUACCAUAAAAAGUGUAAAUCCUGCCUCUCCUGCCAGCAACGUUACACUCAGACUGCAUAUUUUUGUACAGACAUCUGUGUAUGAUGAAGAAAACUGUGGAAUAUUGUCAGAUGUUACAGGAGGGAAGAAUGUAGCACGCUGUGGACUCAAAUCAUCCUGAAAGCACAAGUUUAAUUUGCCCGAGUAAAUUGUUAGGGAUGCUCCGUGAAACAUGAAAUUAAUAUAAAUAUUAAGAAAACGUCACAGAUUUACAGGUGUUAGAGAAAAAAAAUAAUGUUUUUUUUAAAGUUUUCUCUUUAUUUUGUAUAUAUGUGGACUUUGUUUUUUACUAGUUAAUCAAAAAACAAUUGCACAGCAGAAUUAGCAGCGACACUUACUUGUAUGGGCGGGGUAUCUUUAUUUUAUUUUAUUUUGUACAUCACUAAUGACACAUAUUCAUCAGCCGGUGACAAUCAAGCAUCAUUGCAGUAAAACAAAGCUGCCUGCAAAACGUCAAAUGCAAAACACUGGACAGAAAAUGACAAUCAAAGCUGGCGGUGGAGGAAAUCAGAAAAGGAUAAACUGUGAAAUUACCGCAACACUACAACAGCAAAUGGCUUUAACAACCGUGCAUGACCAAAAACAAGCCGCUCUAGACAAUCAGCAACUCGCAGAAAACGAAGCAAGCGUUGUACAAAGAGAGUCUGAAUCUCUGCUCACUUUUCCUCCGACUGUCGGUUCCGUUGAUGCAUCUCAUAUGAAAAAUGUCUUUCAGCUCUUAUUUCUUUGUCUUUUCACUCGUUCACAUAAGUCCUUUGUGUUGUUUUGGUUGUCGUCGCGUGUUGUGUUAGUACUGUAUAGCUACCAAGAGUCAACCCUUUUGUGAAGGCCUUGGAUCCCUUUAAUGAAAAUAAAACUGUGUGUAAUGAG